UGAUCGUUUUGGGGUUAAUCAUUGCAAAAAUGGCUGUUGUGGUGAGGUAGGUCUGCUCAAAAGGUAUGUGUCAGUAGGAUCGAUUAUAUGACAAUAACAGGUUUUUCUCAUUAAAGACUUUUCAGUGCUAGAAUUCAAAGUUCACUGUAAAGCAAACUGCAAUCCAUGCAUUGCAAUGGAAUGAAUAAGUUUUGGACUUCAAUCCUGCUUCAUAAUAAGCAGUGUCUUUUUACUGAGGCAGGUUAGACUGUGCAUAUAACAAGUCAUUCAGAGCUGUUUACACUAAACAGCUGCAUGCCCUGUAGCAGAGAACACUGCAGAGAAGUCUCUUUGUUAAUUGAGAGUGCCCAAAGAAUAAAACUGGAAAAAAAAGUAGCUUGUCAGAGUUUAGAAAUCCUUGCUGUGAUGCAAUUGCUUGCACCACUGAUUAAUGAUUAUUACAUGACAAUCAAAAAAACAAGGGCUAGUGAGCUGUUCUGGUUGUUUUAUUUUCACCAUCUGAUUCCAAUUUUGUUUGUUAUUUAAACAUCCCAGAGUACAGUGUAGCUGAACCAAAAAUAUCACCUUUGUAUGAUCAACAGGGUUUUUUGUCUUAAAUGAAUUCAAGGUCACUUAAGGAAGACAAAAUUAUUGACUUAAAACUUUGAUUCAUAUUCUCUGCCUGUCAGUUUGAGAUCCUUGUAAAUUUUGGUUUUAGCUGUCAUGUGUCUUGACUUUAUCAGAUGUUUUUUGUGUUAAAAACAGCGUAAAUAAAGAUGACUUUUGUAAUUAUGGAUAGUUCAUUACAGAAUUUGUGAUAUUUUAUUAAAGUGCAAGUCAAUCAAAGCUCUUGUUUACAAGUGAACUUGCUUACAUCUGUGGAAUAUUUUGACACACACUUGAAGUAUAUUGCUCUCUACACUUUCCAAGUUCUGAAGGCCAUAAACUUGGAGAUGACAUUACCUUAGUAAUGUCCUUUGAUUCAUAUGGGACUAUGUUGGGAUCAUUGACUCUUUAAAGGGCACGAAUGUGUUUCUGCUCAAAAAACAAUUUAUAAUUAAGAAAAUCUAAGGAGCUGUUCCUUUACUAGCAUAAGGAUGGAGCACUGUCUUGCAGGGAAAACUGUUAUUUUCACUAAACCCAGGCAUGACUGAAUGUGUAUAAAAGCGAGGGUAAAAUCUUUGAGUAAGAUGCAAUUUCAUAGAAAUCAAAGCUUACAUUCUGCAGAGACUGAUGGCCCUUUCUGUCACAUGUGCUUUCCUGUAAGAAUUGAUGUGUGAUUGUCCUGAAACCUGAUGGAAAGUCUGCUGCUGCAAAGCAUUUCACCAUUUGGAUGUAACUCCACGGGAGAUGACUUAAGGUGUUGACCAUGAAGACAUUGGUACCAGCUGUGGCCGUGUGGGGGAGAACAGCUCCUUCUCACAGCAUCACUGCUGUUAUGAUCACAGAUGACCAGCAGACCAUAGUUACAGGAAGUCAAGAAGGGCAGAUUUGUCUCUGGGAUCUUUCAUCAGACUUAGAGAUUUCCUCUAAAGAAAUUCUCUUUGGCCAUACUGCUUCUGUAACUUGUUUGGCAAAAGCAAGAGAGUUUGAGAAACAGCCAUAUGUAGUAAGUGCUGCUGAAAAUGGGGAGAUGUGUGUUUGGAAUGUCACUAGUGGACAGUGCAUUGAGAAUGCAAAGCUUCCUUAUAGGCAUACAGCAAUCCAUUAUUACCAUUGCUCAUUCCGAAUGACAGGUGAAGGCUGGCUUCUUUGUUGUGGAGAAUAUCAAGAUGUUCUUAUUAUUGAUGCUAAAACUUUGGGUGUUCUUCACACUUUAUCAUCAUCUCAGUCUUCUGAUUGGAUAAAUUGUAUGUGUAUUGUACACUCUGCAAGAAUUCAAGAAGACUCUUUGGUUGCAGUGUCUGUAAGUGGAGUUCUCAAAGUGUGGGAUCUGUCUUCAUCUUUGAAUAGCAUUCAGGAGAAGCAAAAUGUGUGCGAGAAGGAAUCAAAAUCUCUGGACUGUAUGAAUUGUCAAGCAGUAAGAUUUUGUACUUACACGGAAAGGCUCCUUCUAGUUGUGUCCUCCAUGUGCUGGCAGGUCUAUGAUUAUUGUGAUUUCUCCUUGCUUUGUACUGAGUUCUGUAAGAGUGGUCAGUGCUUUGCUGGUGGGGAAGUGCUGGCAGCUUACAGACUUAUCAUCUGGACAGAAGAUGGCCACAGUUACAUCUACCAGCUGCUAAACAGUGGCCUUUCUAAAAGCAUGUACCCUGCUGAUGGGAAGGUGCUGAAGGAAACAGUUUAUCCUCAUUUACUCAGCUUUACUGGUAUGAAGGAGAAUAAGAAUCUUCCUAUUGUCAUGGGCUUCAUGAAUGAAAGAAAGGAGCCUUUCUACAAAGUUCUUUUUUCUGGUGAAGCUUCAGGACAAAUCACUUUGUGGCACGUUCCUGAUGUUCCUGUGUCAACAUUUGAUGGUUCCCCAAAAGAGAUCCCAAUUACAACCAUGUGGACUCUUCAGGAUAAUUUUGAUAAAAGUCAUUCCAUGUCAGAAGGCAUUAUUGAUCAACUUUGUGGAUCUGAAGAUGGAUUUGAAAGUGCAGUUGUCACUUCCUCUGUGUACAUACGUGGUCUUGAUAAGCUUGUAUGUGGAUGUGAAAAUGGGAAAAUUUUUGUAACAUUAGGUUUAAAAACUGCAAGAGCAAGACUUUUAGAAAACAUAUCUUUUAUUAAAGAUAAUCUACCUUAUAAGGUUCUGAAUGGUCACAGUAGCAGAGUCACAUGCUUACUUUAUCCAUAUGACAAAUCAGUAAGAUUUGAUCCAAGCUGGCUGUUAUCAGGGGGCCUGGACUCUGUUGUGAUCUGCUGGGAUAUAUUUACUGGAGGCAUCCUACACCAGUUUAAUCUGCAGUCUGGUGCUGUGACAGAGCUCUUGCGAUCCCCAGAACACUACAGAUUAAAAGAUGAGAGUAUAGUGUGCUGUGUGUGCAGUGACCACUCAGUAGCAAUUCUACACCUUCAGAAGAGACAAUGUCUCUUACAUGCCAGAAAGCAUCUGUUUCCUGUGAAGAAGAUAAAAUUUGACCCUCUUGAGAAUGUGCUAAUUGUUGGAUGUGAAGACAAUUCUGUUUAUAUUUGGGAAAUUGAAACAGGCACACUGGAACGACAUGAAACUGGUGAAACAGCAAGGGCAAUUCUUACUGCAAUUGAAGAUUCAGAAUACUUAGUGGCAGAUGCUCUACUUCCUGUGUCUCAGGAGUCAAAACGAAGCAAGAAUUCUGGAUGCAAACACUCCAGCUUGUAUAAGCAUGGCAUGGGCCCUUAUUUUGCUCAUACAGAGAAAUCUUCUGAUAAGUUGACUGAUAUGAGCUGCAUCCAACAGCCCUUUACUAUUUUACCAGCUAAGACAAAAUGGAACAAUACAAACUUUCAUAUUCUUUUAUUUGACCUGGAAAAACUUGAGGAACUUCUCUCAUCUCAACUCAAUGGAUUAAAGUCAUCAAAAUCAUUCCACAACCAACACGAUCUGGAAAGAGUUAAAAGUACUACUGAGAAAAGGGCACUGACAUUAAAAAGAAAUAAAACUGCUGCCUUUGCACCUCAAGUAGAUGGGCAGGCAGAGACUGUUUUUUCAGACCAAGUUCAUAGGGAUAAUACUGCAGCUAAGCCUGUGGAAGAAAGUGGUGGCGCGAAAAGACGGAAAAAAAUGAAGAGUUCAAGAAAGAUCAGAAUGCAGCCAUCAGGAAACAUCGAUGUGAAUGUUGCCACUGAUACAGUUAAACUGCUUUUGUCAUGUCUCCUACCAUGGGGUGUAGACAAAGAAAUAGACAAUCUCUGUGCAAGACACUUGGAUAUCAUGAGGCUUCAGUGUCCUGUUUCUUUUGGACUUAUGUCAAAUGAAAGCCACCUCUCGCUGAUGUUGCCAGGAUGGAGAUGUACUGAUUGUGGUGUGCUAGGAACACAUGAAGUUUUCAAUUUGUUUUCAAAAAGAGUCCUUGAUUUAUCAAACAAAUACCUUGCUGCAACUGAAGGACAAUCUGGAAAGAAGGAUGGAUCUGAGAAUAACGAUUAUGGAACAAGGGACUUAGAAACAAUAUUUUUCUUAUUUAGCAGAAUAGCUUUAAUCAGCAGGAUACUUAACAUACCUUCAGCAGUUACAGAUGAAAUCGAAAGUCCACAGAAACCAGAAUCUGUACAUGAUAAAUGGCAAAAUGUAGAAGGAAUAACACUUUCAUGCCCCAAUUUUUAUGGAGACUUACCAAGCAGUAAGAGCAGAUAUUCCCCAGACUUUGGGAGCAUUUCUUUGCUGAAACUCAUUAGUUGUUGGAAUGACCAAUCUGUAAAGAUUGUUGAGGCAAUGCAAGCAGUGCUGCUGGCAGAAGUUCAAAGGACUAUUAAUCCCUUGAGAAAGAUGGCAAUUUGCAGAGAGCCAUUGGCCAUAGUAGAGAAUGGAAAUGUCAGUGUGCUGAAGCAUGACAAGAGCUCCAACUCGGCAAACUUCCAAGAUGUGGAGGAUACGCCUGACAGAUGUGUCUUGGAAGAGUCUGAGAGUCCAGGUGAGAGGCAUUUAAAGACAGCCACCAAGUAUCAAGUGAUAAAUCUGACACAGCUUUUGGGUCUGUAAAAAAAAGCACAUUGUAAUGCUGUUUCCUUUUUAGCAGCUGCAAUGUCAAAUUAAUGGUCACCUCCAGGGGUCACAGUGUGGAGCUGUUAUCCUUUCCUCUUUCAUCAGGAAUUCAGGUCUUAGAAAGGAUAAAGGCUUUAUGACCAAAAAGAAAGCUGACACUACUAGUUCAUUAUAAUUACUUUUGGACUACACUGCUUACUUAAUAUAUGUACAACGUCUGACCCUUUGAAGGUAGCGUGAGAUUAUGAAAAAUUAGAAGUACUGUAUAUACUGCAGCUGAAUGCAGCAGUGGGCACUCGAACACUGUUUCUCUGGAGGAAAGCAAAUUGGUGGCAUUAAAUAGCUUGAUUCUUUCCUUUAAAUCAGCUCGCAAUCAUUAUUUCAUUUUAAUGACUCUUAACAUUGAUUCAGCUAAAUACAGGAACAUCCAUAAAGUGCAUCCUUUUUGGUAAGCGAAAGAUUUAUCUUCAUGUAGUUUCAUUAUCUUUCUCGUUAUGGAACAUCUAUGAAAUUUAUUAAAUGAAUCCCAAAAGGAAACAAUUAAAUAUAAAUUGUAUCGAGUCACAGCUGAUUAAAAACAUUCUGUGCGACUAAAUACUAAGAUCUUUUAAGCAAACUGUGAGCUUGACCCAUAUACACAACACACAUAACCUGUACAUAGUCUUCAUUAGUGAAAGAGUUAAACAUCUUUUUUCACUUGGUAUUUUCCUUCCUGCUUUAUCUGGUUUCUCUGUACCCUCCUGCAUCUUUGUGUGCUGAUCCGUGUAUCAUAUUUUUGAUUCAUCGUCUCUGCGGCCUGUCAGCUUAGUUAAGAGAUUUCCAAAUCUUGCAGCCUGUGCUGACAGGGGGCAGCUGCCAACAGUCCCCUGAUCCUUCCCCAAGGAGCACUGCUGAGAUUUAAUUUUCAGUCAAAGGGUGCAGUCUGAAAUCCAUGUCAGGUCCCCUAAGUCAUCUCAGAACCCGGAUAGGACCCAUGUCUGGGGGAUUAUAUUUCAGCACACUCCACUCUUCCAAGAUUCCUUGGGAGUUCAACUACUGUCAUAUACCUGAUUUGAACUACAUUCCCUUUUCAUCUUUUCCAGAGAAAUGAACACCAGUAUAUGUUACAAUAAUUGAAACCAAUGAAUUGUAAAUAUCUAUUCAUUUUAAAACCACAUAGACCUGGACUCGGUGUUGUCCAGCAGAAAGCAGCAUGAGAUUUAGAAAGAAAUAGAUAAUCUACUCAGAAAGGAGCUGAGUUUGACAAUCUGUGGUGCUUAGUAUCUCCUUCAGAAACCAUCUGUAGUCCCUUCAACAACAAUUACGGGCCAAAAUAUGGAUUGUCCAAGAUUUGAUCAGGUUUGAAGGGAGAAAGGAUUUAAGCAAGGUGGCACGACAGUGUUCAGGGGAGAAUUAAUGCACCUUAAAGAUAACACUAAUUUUAACCAUAAAUUAAUUCUCUCUGGCAAAGUGUACCUGUUUGGAUGGGAACUUACAUAUCCAAUUCUACACUCUGCAUAUCUAUAUGAAGUAAUGGAAAGAAUAAAAGCUUGUCAGGAGAUGAAUAUUGACUGGCAAAAAUACAUGUUGAUAAAGCAUCCAAACUUAAAAACUGAGUUCCAGUCGGUCCAUCUGACAUCAUUAAACUAGUAAUAAACAAUGAAUUACUCUGGCUUUUGUUUCUGUCCAUUCCUGCAUUUUAAGACAUCUUGUCUUAUAGGUCUGAAAACCUCAGGAGAUUUCACUACUGGUCUCACUGCUUUCCACUGAGAAUUUGUGGCUUGGUUGUCAUGGAGACAUCGUAUUUCUCCAAGAAUUGCUCAUAUUGAUCCGUGGACAGGCGUAAAUGGCCAGGCGAAUGUGAGGAGUAAAGGGGGUUGGGCAGUACUAUAAAAUGACCAGAGGUUAUGGGUCGGAAAUAAGCUCAUAGCAAACACUUAGGUAAAGAGAAAGAAACAGUUUCAUUUUGUUUCAGGAUUUCGUUUUUGCACUUUAUGCCAUUGUCUUCUUUCACUAUAGACUGAAAGAAACUUGUUAGUCACUUGUCAUGUCAGAUCUUUGGUGCUUGUCCUGACACAGCUGUCAGCCUUCCAGCUCUGUGCAGUUCAGGGACACACAACAAAGAGCUAGGAACAUGAAUUAUUUAUUGCUCCUUGUGCGGAUGAAAUUCUGUGAUAAGAAAUUAAGACACUUCUGACAGAAGUGCUUGUUUGAAAGGAAAGAUUUGGUAACACAAUACAUUUACUUAAAGCUUACCAUUUACUUUUAGUAGCAAACAUUGAAACAAUAAUAUGACAUUCAGUUGGCUGUGAUUUUCUCAGGUGCUUUAACUUCGAAUCAUGGAUCCUGAGAAUGCUUGGGAGGUCAGCAUUCGGUUCGGUGAAACCUGUGACUUAAGAAUCUCUCUCACACAUAUUCAAAGUCUGGGCAAACUUACACACUUAAUGUAUAAGAUUUUAUUAAUAAAUCCACAAAGAGUCUCUUGCGCUUCACUUACAAGGUGUUGUCAUAGGUGCAAAAGUGAUGUUAAGAAAUAUAUUUAUUUUAUUCUCUCUUCUGAUGAGGAAAAGGUGAAAAUAAUGACAAUAUACCUGGAAGGAAUUCCAACUAUUCUUAGAACAGGUUCUCUAUUACAAUUUCUGCCAGAUUAAGGAAGGCUGUAGAGCAGCCAUUAACACAUUUAUCUGUACAUUGUGUUUUUUGGUGGUGAAAGGCACAUUCUCUUUCCUUGACAUUAGAAUGAGCUUGAUUUUCAAAGUGAUCUUUGUUUUCAAAAAUCACAUGAAACUUACUCUGUUUUACUUGCACAUUUUCUGUGUCUGCACAUGUUCUCACUACUCUGCACAUGGGCCUCCAGCAAGUGUAGGAGGCAGAUACUCAGAUGAAUACCAGGAAUCCAUCUGACUACCCAAGACACCAAUCCAAGAUUUACCUGUGAUUUUUUGUGUUUAAUGUGUGAUCUGAACUACUCUCAGAUAGGUAAUGAAACCCCUCAACCUGCACUUUUCUCUUGGAUAAUUCACAGUAAACACUUUUCACAAGUGAUGGACACAGGUAAAUAUCAGACUGCAGUUUCUUGUCUAAGUGAAAUGGAUUUUAGUUUCUCCCUUCAUGUGGCUACAGGCUGCCAUUAUCUGUGAUAGUGGCUCAUGUCUAUUUUAGGCCCCACACAGAGGAGAUGCUGGGCUUCUCUCCCAGAUGCCUAAUAGUAGGUUUAUCACUGCCAUUUUCCCCCACAUGCUGAGGACUACUCCUGUUUGACAUGCAAAGCCUUGGCUUUUCAAACUUGUCUCUGCUCUGGCCUUGAACAUAAUAAUCAGAUAAGAUUUGCAACAGUUUUCUGUAGAACUUGACGUUUAAUCAUAUCAAUCUCCCAUAAAGAGUGCACUAUCCCUUAAAGUGCUUCUUUCUUUAAAUAAAUAUUCCCAGCAGUUUCCCAUUUUACCAGACAAAUUUUCCACAUUUAAGGAAACCGAAAAAGAAGCUGAAAGUGAGUGUCCCUGGAUGUGUUAGACUCCUUGGUCUGAGCUAUUCACCUGAGUUUUCUUCUACAAACUGGUGAAAAAUUUACACCCCGUAUGCAGAUAAUCUUGUCCAAAGAAACGGUUCCUAAGGGGAUUGAUAAUGCUCUGAAUUGUGUAAGUCAAAAUCUAAGAGGAUUGUAGUGGGUCUAAACACAUCUUGAAGUGUCUUAGCUUUCAUAUGUGGGGCAGUCCCACUAAGGAGGGUUCGGCAAGUGCAGCUCCUGUGGGAAAAAGGAAUACAUUUGAGCUGAAGUCACAAGAAACCAUGUAGACACAGAUGCCUCUUCCCUCUUAUUUUCCCCAAAAGACACAUUGCAGCAGAAUAGGAAAUAGACUAUUACUUCACUUGGUAAUAGAGGGAAACUGAGCCUCACUAAUGGAAGACUGAAUUGGAAGCUGCAAAUGGAAAGUAUAGUGUUUUCCAUCUUUUGGAUAGAAACCACGUAAGUGGUAAAACCCUUGUUUGCUUAUAGUCUUAAGUAUCAGACAGUGUCUGCCUGGUCCCUUCUGCAGCUCAUGGUCUCUCCCAUCCCUUCAUUCCAAUACCAUUGCACAUAUUAAAAAUUCUUUCUUUUCAAUUUUUCAUUUUUCAGGACAGAAAGUAAUUCUGGGUGCAUAACAGAUACUAGGGAAAAUCUGAGCAGUUUUGGCAUUCUUAUUUUAUUGCUUGUCCUAUUUAGAGACCUUGGCACAGAGAUGGGAAAGGUCUUUGGCUGUCCCUGAAAUACAGGGUGAGAGGCAGAACUGCAGCAAAUAGAAAUAAAAAUGUAUGAAGAACAGCAUUCUUAUUAGCCACACUGUGCUUAAAAAUACAGCACUAAAAGUGUGACUAUCUUGUUAUCAGGCAAGUUAUAUUUACUGCAUCAGAUAUUCACUUACCUGCUCCAAGUUCCAUCCACUGAAGAGUAUUUUUAAAAUCAGCAUUGUGUCGCCUCUAUGGCUGUUGAUCAGAACACAGGCAGAAUGUAAAAGUAAAUAUUCAGUCAAUUCUCAGCUACAAAGCACCCUAGAAAGUAAUGAUUUUCUGUGUUUGCAUCCUCCUGAAAGCAGGAGGCAGUAAAUGAGGACUGAGCUAGGAAUGGGGUGCUGGAGGCUGUUGCUGGUGAGGAUGCAUGAAGCAGGGAGAAGAUGCAAUGUAGGGGCAGCCCACUGGUCACAGGCACUGAUGGGCCCGGGGACUGUAGAUAAAAUAUCAGUGCCCAGGAAUUAUUCCAGAAAGAAGUUCUGGAAUUUCCAGCUUAGGCAUGGAUGUAUUCAUCAUAAUUUCACUGCAGUAGAUGUAGUGUCAUAUCCUAUCACUGUUCUGGGUUACUAGAAUUGUGACUCAUAUGUUUUGGUUUGAUUUGUGUAUUUUUUUGCUUGCUUUCAGUUUUGUUUUUUUAAUAGCAAAUUAAACUGUGAAUUCAGAAGACUGCAUAAUAAUCAUCAUCAAUAAAAUGCAUAUGUCUCUGUGUCUAUGAUACAGAUAGGCAGAAAGAUCAUAGAUAAUAUGAUAAAUUAAGAAAAUAUUCAUUAGACUGGAAUAAAAUAAUGUUUGCUGCUUUUCAGUGUUCAUAUACUCAUGAAAGAUGUGGUGGUACCUGUUUGAGCAGUAUUUCUAAUGCAAGUAAUAUUUUAAAUUCAGGUUGUAAAUAUUACUGUACCUCAAAUUAAAAGAAAUCUUGAAGGUUAAAAUUGGUGAUUGAAAGUUUUUCUGUGGAAUUCUAAAAUGCCUUGACAGGAUUAAAACGUAAUACAACAUUACUUCUGUUUACAGCUAUUGUAGGAUUAUUUCUGCUAAGAGAAAAAUUUUCAGAGGAAACAUAAAAUCCUAUAAGUUUAAGAUAGAAAUUAUCUUUCUGCUGAUCCACUGGAGUGCUUUCCUUUAAAGCAAAAGAAGGGAAGAAGCAGAAGUCUGGGCAGGAGAAGAGUUUAGAGGAAUGCCAUACAUCUCUUGAGCUGAUUAGGGUUCUGUAUUGCUUCCUGUGGUAUAUCAGUUAUAAUGUGAACAGUCUUCUGGAGGCAGAUUUCUGGAUCUUUUAAUAUUAAUAUGAGGGUGCUGAAAGUUUUUAUUCCGUUACAAAAAUUAUAGAGUUUGUUACUCUAUAAAAAGACUGUAAAAUAACAUAUAUUUUAAUAACAAAGUCUCAGCUAUUACCUCAUAUUGUAAAAUCAUUAAGCCUCAAAUUGUAAAUCAUUAAGAAAUCAUGCUUUUCUUUUCCAGAUGACAUGAAGCCACAUCCCUGGAUAUCUAAGGUGUGCUCCUGUAAGGUGUGUUAGAAAAAACCCGCUGAGAUGAAGGAAUUAGAAGAUGUAGAAGACAGCCAAGAAAUAGGACAUAUGUGGUGUGGUGGACAUGAAGUGGAUUUUUGUGUUUAUUAUGGUACCUUUAACAGUUCAUUUUCAGAAGAAAUACCUUCCAUAAAAUCGGCUUCUUUUGGCUGAUUUAUUGGCUUCAAUUCACAUUUCCAUUCCUAAUAGAUUUACAUGUAUUCAACUAAAUUUGAGUACUUUUGAUAUAGAAAAUACCAAUUCUUCAUUUUUAGAAAUCAUUCACUUGGUUUUGUAGUGAUCUUUCAAACUUUACCAUGCAACAAUUAUAUCAAUUUUAGUAUUUUUUUACAUACAUCAAAUUUUAAUUUUUCCGUCUCUUUCCUUCUGAUUUCUCUUACCAAUAGCAUUUUAACACUGAGCAAAACCAAAUGCAUUUCGAAUAAUUAGAAAAUUUGUUUUCACUGAAAAGAGUGCAAUUAAUUCACAAUUUGAAUGAAGCAUGGAAUAUUUAGAAAUAACUAAAAUACAAAGAGUGUUCUGUGCACAGGAGAGAAUGGGGAAUUGAAAACAAAUCUGGUCAUGUCUAGGAUGCAAAUUUUCCUUUUCCCAAAAAACUGCCAUUACCAUCAUCUGUAGAAAUGCAGUAGCAGUAUGGAACUGGAGAAGCCUAUUGGGGUCCUCUUCUGAAAUGAUAUACUUCAUUGAAUAUCAAUUUGUGCUCAUUGGCAAAAGCAGCUAUACCUUUUUUACUUUUUUUUUCCUAAAAAUAUUAUAUUGUUAUAUUUGUAGAAUAUAUACAGCUGAUUAGACCCAUUUAUCACCUGAUAUUCUGUGGGAGCUAAGCUUGUUUGACAAAUAAUGACUGCUCAGAGCAAUAAGCUCACUUUCUUUGUUGCCAAUAGUUGGAGUGCUACUGAAGGCAAAGGUCUUGAGGAUGUGCCUUAUGGAUCUGUACCUUAUGGUGGAAAUCCUGGUCUGAUUUAUCCCUUCUAAUUGUCACAUUAGCCAUAAGAUCCCUUAACUAGGAGAGUGGAGAUUUCUUCAGUAUGGAAAGAUUCUCUGGCAAUGAAUCUCUUUUUUUCCUUGUGUCAUGGCUACAGGAGUGAUAAAACCUGGUUUCUGUUGCCACAGUAUGGUUUGAAUGAAGAAGACAUGAAAGCUUCUUCCUUCUGUUUUUUUUAUAUCCCAUAAGUCCAUGUCCCUCAGUGCAGUGUACAGUCUGCCAAUACACUGGGUGGAGGAAGGGCAUUGUGAGAAGUAUCCCAGUUUUCAUUCAACUAAAGAAUAUGUAAUUCAAAUUCGCUGCAAUCCAGAGAAGAUAAAGAUAAUUAAUGCUAUUUUUUCUGUGACUGUGAAUACACCGCAGAAAAAUGGCAUCUUUGGGGAGAAAGGUCAAUGGUUUUAACACAUUUGGUAUUUUUCAGAAACAACUUUCCUUGACGAAGGUGUUUUCCUCUCUAAAAUGUAUCUUUUGUUCAUAUGUGGUUGUAUUUGAAUUAUGGUGAUUGAAUAUUGAGUGCUACAGCUUCACUCUUGCAUUUCUUGUGCUGGAUGUGUGGAAUAACACCAUUGAGGUAUUUAUACUUGCACAACACAGCUGAGGUCAGAACAUGUCUUUAGCUGACAUAUUUCUUCUUAACUUUUGUGGCUGAAUGGGAGUUACAAACAUCAAGAAGGUAAAAAUAAAAUUGUAACUAUAUCUACAGCAACUUAGUAGCCCUACAAGGACCUUGCAGACAGUGGAAAAAAAUUGCAAACAAAGGAUGGACCUGUCUUCUCCUUUGCUCCUCUUCCAUAUAAACCACCAUAUCCAGUUGUUGCAGGAGUCUCUUCCAUGGACAUUAAAAAGUCCAUUCACAGCAAGCAUCACUGCUUUGAUUCAGCAUCUGCUCACUUGGGCCAGGAUAGCAAAUCUUUUGAAAAUUCUUUCAUCUAGAUAUGUCAAAAAUUGAUGUGUUCCUCUCAGCUCGAGGAAUUGGCAUUGUCCAUAACACCCAGCACUGCUAUAAUAGCAAUUACAUUUGUGCAACAUGAUAUUUGAUUGCUUGUCUUUAAUUCUGCAAAGCAGUGCACAUCAGCAGCCUGCCAAUACAGGCAGCCCUCUGGAAUGGUUUGUGCAGUGAUGAUCGGUGUUUGGCACAUGCUUGUGCGUGCUUUGUGCUAAUUAUCAUUACAGGAUCAGUAAGGUAAGGCAGGAACUUUUUAUUAGGUACAUUUAUUUCCCAGUAAAGCAAAUAUAUUCCCCUUGUCUUCUGGAUGUCUUUCAAACAACCAACUUUAUAAUAUGUGCUCACAAUGAACUCACUCAGAAAAAUCUUUUUGCAACAAAGUGACAAUUUCAGAGCUGAAUAUACAAAUACCGAUGAACUUCCUGCAAUAGUUUCUUGUUGCCAAACUGAAGAAGCAUUUUAUGAAUGUGAUCUGAUGUACACUGCAUUCAUGCUUACAGAGAUGGAGUUUAUAACAAAGUCCCAAGGCAAUUAAGAAUAUAUUUUUCUAUCUUGUUACUCUGAAGGAAUCCUGUGAAAAGGAAUUGCUAAUAUUUUUGAAUAGUUGUUUAAAAUUUUAAAUAUGGGGAAAAAAUUCAUGAAUACCUAAACUACUUAAGGAAUGUGGUGUUUUGGUUUGGCUUGUAUUUUUUUCCAUACAGAAGUCAAGAGGUCCAAUGACCUGUACAGCUCAAGGUGUGGUUUCACCUUGAGUGGGGAUUUCUCCCCACUCCAGCCUCAGACUUCUGUGUCUCCUCACUUAUGUUUUCACUACUGUUUGUGUGCCCAGGCUGUGCCGAGGCAAGCACUGGCCUCAGUGCAAAGACCAGAGGAGGAACAAGCAAACCAGAGUGGAAAUGUGGAACAGUUCACACAGAAAUGAGCAUGAAAUUGAAGUUUAGGGUACUAUGUGCAGGGAUCGUAUUUAAACAUAGACUUUAGGCUUUCAAAUCCUAAAAACAUUUUUUACAUUACAUGCAUAAUUCAUUAUAUUAUUAAAAAAAAAUUAAAAAGCACUUACUGCUUUAGUAUAAGACAAAAUCAAAAUUCUUCAGCAUCUCUUUUAUUUGAGGGAUUCUGAGUUUUUAUACUGGGUCUGACUGGUCAUACUGAAUGGUCACUGACUUAUAUUCCUGUCUGGAAUCCUCCCUAAAGUUUGAACUGUUCAUUUAUGUCUCCAAAUCCAAACAUUAUAUUUUGAAAUCUCUUGUAGCAUUUAUAUAUUUUAAAUUUUAAAUUGCAAUAAACUGCUUCCAUUUUGGGGUUGUA